AGAGUGCUGCUGUCCUGACUGGGAGGCCCACCGUCUUCUCAGACCCCCCCCCCCACCACCACCACCACCAGCAUGACUUCUGCUGGUAUGUAAAGCUCCGGCCGUCUCUCCUGGGUUCAGCCUCGGACAAGGAUGCCAAGAAGACAGAAGAAAACUUUGCUCAAGUUUUGGGAAUUCUUGUGCGCCAGCGAGGAAAGCGGGAAUGCCUGAAACGAAGUGAGGAGGCGCAGCCGGGCCAGAGCGCGGGAUUAUGCUGGCAGCAGUGAUUAAAGCAGCGCUGCUCUGUGUUUUGGUGCAAAGCGCUGGAGGCUUGGCUCUCGGUGCGACAUGUUGGGAUGGACGGCUUCCAGGAGCAGAAAGUAACAGCAGCUGCACAGUCUUACAGCCUUUCCUCAUGUUUUGCCACGGUAAAUCUGUCCAUCGGAUGGGCCUGGAUGGCCGGCACCACCGGAGGCUCGCUGCUGGUUUGGGAAGCUCCAUCUUCCUCGACUUCCAUGUCAGAGAGCGGCAGCUUUACUGGGCUGACAGGCGUACAGGCGUCAUCUACAAAGCAUCCGUCCAGGGAGCACGCAGACAGAAACUGUCUUCUACUGACAAACACGUCUCCGGCCUGGCGGUGGACUGGGUUGGGAACAGCGUCUACUGGACAAGCAGCAGAAAGGGCGAAAUAAAGAACGUCGACACAAACGGAGAAACUGAGAGGACAAUUUUAAGACACUUGUCACAACCAAGGUUAAUAAAUGUUGAUCCCGCUCACAGGUUUCUUUUUUGGCUGUGUGGUGGGAGAACGUCAGGAAUCCAGCGCUCUGAUCUCACUGGACAAAGCAAAGUGACUGUUGUUGAGCUGGAAGAGCAGCUUGGAGCGCUGACCAUUGACCGACGAGACAAAAGGCUCUUCUGGGUCCAGUUUGGGCUCCGGGGAGAGAGUGCCAUCGGUUCCUGCGACUACCGAGGGAAUUCCCUGCACAUCCUGGACCUGCCCCUUCAGACUCAGUCACUUGGGAUGUCUGUUUUCCUGGAGAACAUUUAUUACACUGAUGCUGCCACCCGCACCAUUAAAAAAAUUAACAAAUACACGGGAGGGGAGCCGGUGGAUGUAAAUCCUAAAGCCAUGGUCAAAGCGCCGGUGGAUGUAAAGGUGGUGCACCCCCUCAUCCAGCCAACGGCGGAUGCUUCAGCAUCAUUUCCAGGCUGCAACGACCAGGCUGGGAGCUGUCUGAACGUGUGUUCCCGUCUAGAGGACCAAGGGGUUUGCCGAUGUGCCGAAGGCUUUGCUCUCAGUAGGCAUGGCACUCAUUGUGAAGAUGUGAAUGAAUGUGCCCACUGGAACCAUGGCUGCUCCCUUGGCUGUGAAAACGUCCCAGGCUCCUAUUUCUGCACCUGCCCCAAAGGUUACACCCUCCUGCCAGAUAGGAAGACGUGCCAAGAAAUAACGGCGUGCGAGGGCAACGCGACAAAGUGUGGCCAUGGAUGUGUAGCAACAGAAAACGGGGCCAUGUGUGUUUGUCCUGAGGGAUCCGUCCUACGGGAGGAUGGACACGCUUGCUCUGGUUGCUCCUCAGCAGACCGAGGUGGCUGCAGUCAGCUCUGUGCCCCAGUCACCCCGACCCGCUGGCGCUGCGCAUGUCUUCCUGGUUACAGGCUCCACCAGGAUGGCAAACGCUGCAGUGCAACUGGACCUCCUGCCUUUCUGAUUGUAGCCAAUCUCAUGGAUGUGAGAAGAAUGGACCCUGAUGGCACUGAGGAACAGACCCUGGUGAAGGAACCCAGAGGAACAAUCUUAGCUGUGGAUUAUGACCCUGUCCACCACCAUGUCUACUUCGCCAGCACAAGCCAGAAGACAAUUGAGCGAGUUGAUGUGACGUCUGGAUCGAGGCGCCUUCUUAUCUCUGAUGGUUUAGAGUCUCCUGAAGGCCUGGCAAUUGACUGGGUCCACCGCAGGAUGUACUGGACCGAUAAAAGCAAGCCAGCUGUUGACAGCAGCAGUCUGGACGGACUGGACAGGAAAACUGUUGUGAAAGAAGGGCUGCAAAAACCAAGAGGAAUUGCUGUUCAUCCUCAAGAAAAGAGGAAGUUAUUCUGGACUGACACAGGUGCUCAGCCUGCGGUGGAAAGUGCCACUCUGGAGGGAAGCGGCCGCGCCGUCCUGGCGAGCGGCGGCCUCGUGUCCCCCACCGGCCUGACCAUCGAUUUCACCGACAACCGGCUGUUCUGGUGCGACCAGACGACGGGCCUGAUAGAAACGGCUGCUCUGGAUGGUUCCGAUCGCCGGAUCCUGGUAGAGAACCAAGUAGGACGUCCUUUUGACCUCGCCGUAUUCGAGGACAGGCUGUGGAUCUCUGAGUGGGAGCACCAGCAGAUAAGGAGCGUGCACAAGCGGACCGGGAGGAAGCUGCAGGGGAUCCACGGCAGCUUGGUUCAGCCGGCAGCCGUCGUGGUGGUGCAUCCCCUCGCUAAACCAGGGACAGAUGCCUGUCUUCACCUGAACGGAGGCUGUGCCCAGGAGUGUGAAAGCAGCCUGGGGUUUUCCCGCUGCUCCUGUUUGCCUGGCUUCAUCCUGGCAGCUGAUGGGAGAAGCUGCUUGUCCGUCAGCGCCGCCGAUGCAUCCUCAGACUCUGGAGAGAGUAAAACCUCUGAUUCAUCAUCGGUGAAAAACCAAACAUUAAAUGAGGAGAGCACACCACCAACAGGAGCUAACAGGAAGGCUGACUUCCACUCAGACGGAGACUCUGAAGCAGCUCUGUUCACAGAGAAGAUGAUUGCAGACCAGAACGACUGCUACUCGCUCCACUGUGCUGCCAACGCCAAGUGUCUGCUGGAUGCGGGAAAGCCCAGCUGUUUGUGUGGAGAAGGUUUUACAGGAGACGGACAGACAUGUGUGGCAUUGGAGACCCCUUCACCGAAGGCCACAUCUGAAUCCCCCGUGGAUGCGACCACCCGCCACCACAACAGCAUCUCAGCACAGAAGUGCCCCCCCAGCUAUGAUGCCUACUGUCUGUAUCAAGGCGUCUGCGUCUACUUCCCUCAGAUGGACACCUAUGCCUGCAAUUGUGUACGCGGCUACAUGGGGGAGAGAUGUCAGUUCAGUGACCUGGAAUGGUUGGAGCUUCAGCAGGCCGAGAAGCAGAAGGAGAGGAACCUGGCCAUCGCAGGCUGCACGGUGGUGCUCAUUAUCGCCAUCACAGCCUGUGUCGCCUACUGCUUCCGAACUGGGAGGCUCUUCAUCAAGCAGUCCUCAGAGGACAGCGUGAGUGAGAUCAGCGUGAGCGAUGAGAGCAUGUCUGAGACCACCACCACCACCGUUCCUCGGAACCACCUUGGUUGUGUGUUCAGAACCACUGACCUGUCAGAAGAUCCAGACAAGUUCUACAUGGUGACAGAACAUUAUGUGGACAAUGAGGCCAUCCAACCACAUCCAGGUAGAGCUGUCUCCCUAUCAAGCACUGCAGAAACAGAAGACUACGAGAGUACGAUGCUUUCAGCUGCCACCGCAGACACCAGCCAGCCUACUGCCCAUCACUCAAGACCCUCGCUAUCAAGCUCAAAUCCUGAGAAUCUGCCGUCUGUCAAAGCAGGAACACGUCCCAGUACGCCCAGCCCGGAGUCAGGUCCUUCCUAGCUCAACAGACACUGGGACUCCGCUGCACAUCGUUAUAGACAUGCAUCUAUAAAGCUUUUGAUUAAAUGCUACUGAUAAAACAUCAAAUUAAACAUGUGAAGUACCA